CCCUCUGCCCGCUCCGAGCCGCGGCGCCUCGCACUUCUGACUCAAGUCCCUGCCGCGCUCGUCGCCGCCGCCGGGAACCGCAGCCCCGCGCCAUGGAGCCGGCCGCGGGCAGCGAGCGCCGCAGCCCCCUGGGCCCCGCGGUCCCGGCGCCGCCCCGGGGCCACGCGCCCUUGGCCGCCGCUCCCGGCCCGGGCCCGCUGAGCAACCCAGCUCGCGAGCCGCCCAAGCCCGAGGAGGAGCGGCAGCUGCGGAUCAGCGAGAGCGGCCAGUUCAGCGACGGGCUGGAGGAUCGAGGCUUACUAGAAAGCAGCACUCGCCUGAAGCCUCACGAGGCCCAGAACUACAGAAAGAAGGCGUUGUGGGUCUCCUGGUUCUCCAUUAUUGUCACACUGGCCCUGGCCGUGGCUGCCUUCACUGUCUCCGUUAUGAGGUACAGCGCCUCUGCUUUUGGGUUUGCAUUUGAUGCCAUCCUCGACGUCCUGUCCUCGGCGAUUGUCCUGUGGCGUUACAGCAAUGCUGCCGCCGUACACUCUGCCCACAGGGAGUACAUAGCCUGUGUCAUCCUGGGGGUGAUAUUCCUUCUGUCAUCUAUAUGUAUAGUGGUCAAAGCCAUCCAUGACCUCUCAACUAGGCUGCUCCCAGAAGUGGAUGAUUUCCUGUUCAGCGUCUCCAUUUUAAGUGGGAUCCUUUGCAGCAUCCUGGCUGUGUUGAAGUUUAUGCUGGGGAAGGUUCUGACCAGCAGAGCACUCAUAACAGAUGGGUUUAACUCCCUCGUGGGCAGCGUGAUGGGCUUCUCCAUUCUUCUGAGUGCGGAGGUGUUCAAACAUAACGCGGCGGUCUGGUACCUGGACGGCAGCAUAGGUGUGCUGAUCGGCCUCACCAUAUUUGCCUACGGGGUCAAACUCCUCAUCGACAUGGUGCCCAGGGUGAGGCAGACCCGCCACUACGAGAUGUUUGAGUGA